AUGCUGGCGUUCGCCAACAACCAGGUGUCUCACACCGCAGCCGGCGGGGUCGAAGCGAAAAUGUCGCCGAUAAUUAUAUCCGUCAAACGGCCGACAGGUCCGAAUUGGGGCCAGAUAUCGAACCGGGUCAACGGAUCGUUUUCCGUCGCCCGCGCAGCCUUGACCCGGCCGCGGCGCGCUGAGUCAGCGGCGUCGCGUGCACCGCGCAUCGGCCGUGCACCCGUCGUCAUGCGUCACGCCCGCCUCUAUUUA